AUGGUUCAUUUAGGUCCAAAGAAACCACAACACAGAAAGGGCUCCAUGGCUGAUGUCCCUCAAAAUUUGAAAGAUCAAAUACAUGCCUUAGAAACCAUCUUUACCGUUUCCGAUGCCAAAUUAAAGGCAGUUACCAAGCAUUUCAUUGGCGAAUUAGAUAAAGGUUUAUCAAAGACCGGCGGUACUAUUCCAAUGAUUCCAGGUUGGGUUAUGGAUUAUCCAACUGGUAAAGAAUCUGGUGAUUUCUUAGCUAUUGAUUUGGGUGGUACUAAUUUGAGGGUUGUUUUAGUUAAAUUGGGUGGUGAUCGUACUUUUGAUACAACUCAAUCUAAAUAUAAGUUACCAGGCCCAAUGAGAGUCACAAAAAACAGAGAUGAGUUAUUUGCUUUCAUUGCUGAUUCCCUAAAGAGUUUUGUUGAUGAACAAUUCCCAGAAGGGGUCUCUUCCCCAAUCCCAUUGGGUUUCACCUUCUCUUUCCCAGCUUCUCAAAAUAAAAUUAACGAAGGUGUCUUACAAACAUGGACUAAAGGUUUCGAUAUUCCAAAUGUUGAAGGUCAUGAUGUUAUUCCAUUAUUACAAGAACAAUUGGAAAAGAGAAAAAUCCCAAUUAAUGUUGUUGCUUUAAUCAAUGAUACUACUGGUACUUUAGUUGCUUCCUUAUAUUCCGAUUCAGAAACUAAGAUGGGUGUCAUUUUCGGUACCGGUGUUAAUGGUGCUUAUUACGAAGUUGUUAAAGAUAUUGAAAAAUUAGAUGGUAAGUUGGCUGACGACAUUCCAGCUUCUUCUCCAAUGGCUAUCAACUGUGAAUAUGGUUCUUUCGACAGUGAACAUGCAAUUUUACCAAGAACUAAAUACGAUGUUAUUAUUGAUGAACAAUCACCAAGACCAAACCAACAAGCUUUCGAAAAAAUGUCUUCUGGUUACUAUUUAGGGGAAUUAUUACGUUUAGUUUUGGUUGAAUUACAUGAACAAGGUUUCAUUUUUAAGAACCAAGAUGUCAGCAAAUUAAAUACCCCAUACAUCAUGGAUACUUCUUAUCCAUCUAGAAUUGAAGACGAUCCAUUCGAAAACUUGGAAAAUACUGAUGAAUUAUUCCAAGCUGAUUUAGGUAUUGAAACAAGCACUGUUGAAAGAAAGUUAAUUAGACGUGUUUCUGAAUUAAUUGGUACUAGAGCUGCUAGAUUGGCCGUCUGUGGUAUUGCUGCCAUCUGUCAAAAAAGAGGCUAUGAAACUGGUCAUAUUGCUGCUGAUGGUUCUGUCUACAAUUUGUACCCAGAUUUCAAGCAAAGAGCUGCUGAAGGUUUGGCUUCAAUAUAUGACUGGACUAUGCCAAUGGAAGAACAUCCAAUUAAAAUUGUUCCAGCUGAAGAUGGUUCAGGAGCUGGUGCUGCUAUUAUUGCUGCAUUAACUCAAAAGAGAUUGGCUGCCGGUAAGACUGUUGGUACCAUUUAA